UUUUUUUUUUUUUUGUUAGCAUAAUUUUUUAUGUACAGCAGCGACAUCACAGAACCAAAGACACCAACAGAAAGCUUUGUCGUGUUUGGUACAGCUUUCCCAGAACAAACAGAAAGAGAUCGCAGAGCUGGAAGAGCUGAUGCUGGUCAAUUUGUUCCUGUUUGGAAACAAGAGGCAAGAGACGAAAAGGGACGUCGAAGGUUUCACGGUGCAUUCACUGGAGGCUUUUCUGCUGGUUAUUUCAACACGGUUGGAUCUAAAGAAGGCUGGGAACCCACCAAUUUCGUUUCUUCUCGCAAUGCACGUAAUGAAAGAAAAGAAGCUAGACCUGAGGAUUUUAUGGACGAAGAGGAUUUACAAGAUUUGGCAGGCACUCGUAAGCUUGUAGCAACAGAAGAGUUUGAUAUACUAGGAGGGACCGAACGAGAGCUGGCAGCACGACGAAAACAACAGCAGGAAGAAGACGAAAAAAGAGGAAGUGAGUUGGGAAUCAUUGGAAGUAGCUUAAUCGACAUGUUUGGUCCAUCCAGAGAUCCAAUAGGCGUUCGAUUACUACGCAAAAUGGGCUGGCGUCCAGGACAAGGCAUCGGCCCAAGGUUGGCUAAGCGGCCAAAGGAAGGAAUGGAGGGGGAUGAGGAUGAGGACGAUGAAUUACUGAAUGAUAUUACCUUUGCUCCUCGUGAUACCCCUAUUCAAAGCUUUCAGAUCAAAAGAGAUACAUACGGCCUAGGCUUUGACUUGGCGACAUCUGUGCCAGAAAUUGCUGAAAUGAAAAGAUUGCGUGAACUGGCAAAGAAAAAUGAAGAAGAAGAGAAUAAGAAACGCUCAACGUUUGGUAUCUUUGACAAAAACACGACUGGAGACGCAUUUGGACUAGGUGCGUUUGAAGAAGAGGAAGAUGAAGAGGAUAUUUAUGGAGAUAGGUCAGCAAGAAACUAUCAUAGAGUGCUUUAUGAUGAUGAAGGUGGUAUGACGAGAGAUGAACUCAAAGCACAAGAAAGAAAGCGUAAAAGAGAACAGGAGGAGGAUCAUUACCGGGAAUUGAACAAGACUAGAUGCUCUGAUGGAAGACCACCGUUGAAAGGGUUUCAUGUAUCUCAACAGAACCAACAGAUUGGUAAAUGGUAUCCACCUCCAGUUGUUCCAUCUGACUUCUCGGGUCAACAUGCGCCACUGGAAGAUUCGGUAAAAUCAAUGGACGUCAAUAAAGAGAGUGUAUUUUCAUUUGAAGAAAGAGGAUUAGCGCUUGGAGAAAAGCCAAUCGAGCAUCGUUCUGUCUUUGACUAUAUCCCAAAACACUCCAAGGACAGACUUGAUCAAGCCAUUCGAUUCUUUGUAGAUAGUGGAAAAGAUAAAUCUCAACUUUCUGACUUUCCUUCUGUGCCAAAGGAUGUCGCCCUAUUAGCUUUGAAAGGAUUCAUGCCGUUUGGUGAUAAUCCAAAGAAACAAGAAAGAUACCGAAAUUACUUAGAAAAUCAUGCAGGUAUGCUCACAGAGGAUGGAAUCCCGAAAAAGGUACUGCCUAUCCCUGAGGGUUUGACAUAUGAUGCUGCUAUGAAGGAAAUGGACGAGUUUGCAAAGGCUGCUAGAAUAUUUAGGCCCAUCAGUGCUAUGAUGAGUGGUCGAUUUACAUCAGCAUCAGACGCAGCUAAAAAUGUCGAAGUGGUCUCUUUUGAAGGCGGAUUAAAGACUGAAGAACAAUAUCGCAAAGAAAAGGAAGAAAGAGCAAAGGCAGUACCCGAGCCUGAAAAGAAACAGCCAACACAAGAAGCAGAAGCGGCAGCAAUGAAAAUGUUUGGCGCUCUUACUCGUACAGUAAAGCCAUUUUAUCCUAGUAGACUUGUCUGCAAGCGAUUUAAUGUUCCUAAUCCACAUCCAAAUGUUACUGCAUCUACUGAUACGGCAGCUGGUCGAUCUCAAGCUGGAUCCAAAGAAGCGCUUAGUAAAGAAGCGAUGGAAGCAAUGCUGAACGAAAGAAUGCCAUUAACAUUUACCUCUGCCGAAACAUCUGAUGAUCCUUUACUGAAAUCAGUCAUACCAAAACCUUCAGAAAGAGCAUCAUCAUCAGAUGACAGUAAAGCGCCAACGACUGGUAUUACCCAGGAGAUCGCUGCCAGCAAUAAUGCAGGACAAGAACAACCAGGUGAAAAUGGAUUACAAGACGACAAAGAUUUGGACUAUGAGCGACCCUCCAUGGAUAUUUUUAAAGCAAUUUUCGAAGACACAGAUUCUGAAGAUGAAGAGCAAGAAAAGGAAAAGGAAGAGGAAACAUCUCUCAUAGUGAGUCGACAGGAGAGUAGUGAUGAUGAAGUGAUCGGACCAUUACCCCCUCCAAAGGCACCUACGGCCGAGAUACCUAUUCAAACAAACAAUAAGCCUGAGCUAACAACAGAGAUCUUUAGACCCAUGUUCAAGCGAGCCUCCGAAAGACGUGAGCAAGGUACGACAUCAUUGCCAAAUAUUGUCUCUGAAGAGAAAGUGGUUCAACCAUUCAAACCGAGAUCGACAGCGAGCAAGCGUCGUCGUGUGUCUGUAUCUGAAAGCUCUGACGAAGAAAGCAAAAAGUCACCGGAUGAACGAUCUACUUCACAUCAAGAGCACAGAAGUAGUCGAUCACACAGAUCAAGAAGAAGUAGUCCAGAUAGUAGUAGUAGACACAGUCAUAAGCGAAGCAGAAGUCGAGAAAGAAAGCACAAGAGCAGUCGUAAGAGGAGUAGAAGCCGCGACAGAAAGAGUAAAAAGCAUAAAAGCGAGAAGCAUAGAUCACGUAAGCAUAAGCAUCAUACAGAGGAAGAUGAUUAUGAGGAAUUGUGGGUUGAGAAAGAACCAGUCUUGAGCUAUAGAAGCAAUGAAAGCAGCGAUGGUCGAAGAAGAGAAGGACGCUUACGUGCUGCAGAUUUAUGGUGAUAACUUAAAUUUAUUUAAUAAAAAGAUAAACUACUACUUCUAAUAUUAUUUGGCCGCUGUCUUGAGCUGAAGACCAUGCAUUCCCUUGAUUUCUUCUUUCAGUACUUCAUUAACCAUUCUAUGCUGUUUAACAAUGCUCAUUCCUUCGAAUUUUUUAGAUGCAAUAUUAAUAGCGUACAUAGAUCCACAGCCCCCUGAAACAUCGGCCACUUGCAGUUUGUGGGGAGUGAGUGCUUCAGAAAGCUUUGUGUAAAUAUGCUUUUCGCCUGCACUUAAGCCUUCCAAGGCGUCUGCCUGUGUUGAAUACAAUGCACGACGAAUGAGAGUUGAACGCACAAAGUUUGAAAGCAUCUUUA